AUGAAGUAUGUAUAUCUAGGCUUGCAUGAUACACUUCUUAUCAUUAUUUCCUCCCUCUUGAUAGUAGAGCAAGAGGAGAAAUUAGUAAGCAUAGUCAAGCAAUACAAGCCACCCAUUGGAUGGACUCUUGCAGACAUCCAACGAAGACUUAACCCAAAAAUGUUGGAGGUAGUCAAGGCUGAAAUAGUGAAGUGGCUAGAUGCUGGAAUAAUUUAUGCUAUUUUCGACAGCCCAUGGAUAAGUCCAAUUCAUGUCGUUCCAAAAAAAUCAGGAAUUACAGUCUGUGUAAAUGAUAGGGGAGAGGAGAUUCAGACCCGCCUAACUACUAGUUGGAGGGUCUGUAUUGAUUACAGAAGAUUAAAUUAGGCCACUAAGAAAAACCACUUUCCUUUGCCAUUUAUAGAUCAAAAUUUAGAACGUCUUGCAGGUCAACAUUAUUUCUGUUUUUUGGACGAAUACUUAGAAUAUAACCAAGUUCCAAUAUGUCCAGAUGACCAAGAGAAGACGACAUUUACCUGCCCCUUUGGUAUGUACGCCUUCACUAGAAUGCCUUUUGGGUUGUGCAAUGCGCCGGCCACCUUCCAACAAUGUAUGAGUGCUAUGUUCUCCACAUUAGUAGGGGACUGUUUAGAGAUAUUCAUGAAUGAUUUUUCUGUGUUCGGUCAAACUUUUGAUGAAUGCUUGAUCAAUUUAACUAAAAUUUUGCAGAUUUGUGUGGAGAAGAAGUUGGCUUUGAGUUGGAAAAAUCCCAUUUCAUGGUCACUGAAAGUGUGGUGCUAGGCCACUUGGUCAGCGAGCAAGGAUUAGAGGUUGAUAAGGCAAAAAUUGAGGUGAUAGAAAAUCUUCCUCUUCCCACUUCUAUACAUCAGCUACGUGCCUUCUUAGGUCAUGCAGGUUUUUAUCAAAGAUUUAUUGAAGGCUUUGCCACUCUUGCUAAACUGCUAACCCAACUCCUAGCUAAAGAGCAAAAUUUUGUGAUAAAUGUUGCAGGGGAAUCAACUUUCCUCAUCAAUAAGCAAGCUCUUAUCGAGGCUCCUUUCCUCCAAGAUCUUAAUUGGACCCAUCCUUUUGAGUUAAUAUGUGAUGCUUCUGAUUUUGCAGUGGGUGAUGUGUUGAGUCAACGAAUUGACAAGAAAUCAGUCAUCGUCUACUAUGCUAGUAAGACUCUUGCCAAUGCCCAAUUAAAUUACACUACUACUUAAAAAGAAUUAUUGGCUAUUGUUUUUGCUUUGGAAAAAAAUCAAUUUUAUCUUUUAGGUAGCAAGAUUACAAUUUACACUGAUCACUCCGCCAUUAAGUUUUUAUUGACAAAGAAAGAAGCUAAACCUAGAUUGAUCAAAUGGGCUUUAUUGUUGCAAGAGUUUGAUCUAGAUAUCAAAGAUAAAAAGGGAAGUGAAAAUUCUGUGGCUGAUCACUUGUCUAGACUAUGUAUACAUAAUACUAUGUCCAUUUUAGAUGAUUUUCCUAAUGAGCAUUUGUUUACUAUGAAUACAUGCAAAGUACCUUGGUAUGCUCAUAUAGUUAAUUACUUGCUAACAGGAUAAUUACCUCCUAACUGGCCUACAAGUAUUAAAUGAAAAUAUUUUAGUGAGCUGAAGUAUUACUUUUGGGAAGAACCGAAAUUAUUUCACCUAGGAGUUGAUCAAAUCCUCCACAUAUGUGUUCUGGAGGAAGAACAAUUUAAUAUUUUAACUAUGUGUCACUCUUCUACAUGUGGAGGACAUUUUGCCUCUAAAAAGACAGCUGCAAAAAUUGUUCAAAGUGGCUUCUAUUGGCCAACUAUUUUUUGAGACGUUUAUAAUUUCUGUAGGUCAUGUACAACAUAUCAAGUUGCUGUGAACAUCUCCAAGAGAGAUGCAAUGCCACUCCAAUCAAUUCUAGAGGUAGAAAAUUUUAA